AUGCUUGCCGAGUCUGCUGAAAAUCAGCGCAGUGGAAGCGAUGUACCCAAGCUGCGCACGGCGUGUGAAAACUGCAGACAAUCCAAGGUGAAAUGCAAUAUAUCGGGCAAAAGCAUGUGCACCCGUUGCCUCCGCAAUGGCUUGCAAUGUCAAUAUGGAUUCGCCAAUCGUUCGGGCAAACCCAAGGGGAGCAAGAACCGAGCAACGUUGAGAAAAUUGGGCGAGCUGCCUGAUGAAAAGCGACCCGUUCGAGCAUUCCGUGCCACUGCUCGAGGCGGAAGCUCUGCCAUCCGUCGCGAGCCCCUUUUGGCACGAGGGAUCCUGGAUUCCAGUGUGAACCUCGCAACUUCGGAGAGCGACGUAAGUGCUCGGGUCUUGAGACUUGACGUGUCUUGCAUGUUCAAGCUGACUGUAAGAAAAUUUUCGAGGUCAUUCCAGGGCUGUCCGAUACCGGGCCCAUCUGAUAUAUGGGACUGCCCAGUGGGACUGGCUAACGGGCCUUCACUUGUUCCAAUGAGCCCUUCGCUGAUGAGCCCUUCACUGAUGUUAGCAUUGAGCGACUCACUUUUGAUCGAUCGGGACGACUUGGCGUCUCCAGUGACGCCAAGCUUUAUGACAUUCGACCCGCCAGAGCUUUGCAUGAUAAGUCCUCCGCAGAGUGACUCGGUGUCCUCUCCAUAUGCUCCGCUUUCACUGUGUGAAUGCAAGGAGAUGCAGCUACUCAAUCUGAGUCGACUGGGCCAGCUGCUCGCCAGCCCUCAGUCCCUACGUUUUGAUCAGACCUUGCAGAUGAUCAAGAUGACACUUGAAGUUGGACGGGUCUUCCUUCAAUGUCAACUGUGUGCAAAAGAUUAUUCAAAUCUUCUUCUACUCACAUCUGGUCUCAACACUGUCUUACAACUAUUCGAGUGUAUUGCCUCACGAGAAACGAGGCGAGAGCCUCAAGCAGGACAGGACAACACUAAGUAUGGUAGCUAUGAGAUCUACCCAGGGGAAGCCAAUCAAAUACAGGGGUUUUUGUUGCGCGGAUCCCUCCAGCAGUGCAAAGAUGUGUUAUCGAUGCUAGUGGCUGCUGUCAAGGCCAAUUUACAGGCGCGUAGCAGCUUGCUCAUGCUCAACUGGGACGCUUCGCAAGAGAUGGAUGAAGCGUGGAUAUCGUCUGACGAUUGUUUCCCGCCGGCUAUCAAGGCCGAGGUUGAAGACGAGGCCGAUAUCGAGUGGAUGAGCGGCAUGAGUUCGGAAAUGCAACACUUGAUCUCUGUUCUUGCAGGCUUCCAAGUCAGCCUUGAUAGGCUGCUUCAAUCCAUUUCUCUCGGGCAGUGCGUCUGCGACUUUGCGUCGAUUUUGGACUGA